AGUGAGACUAAUUGACUCACCCGUGGACAAUACUUUCCCGACUAUUGAGAAUUUGAGAGUGGGGAAGAGGGAUUAGGGAGGAGGGAGUAACGCUAAUUUGUUCAACUGGGAAAAGAUUCGACAGCUGGUUUCUGUCGAAUCCUAUUUUGGGAUUUUAGGGUUCUAAACUCUUCGAUCCCUACUGCUUUUCUUUUCCUAAUUUUCCCGCGAAAAAUGGAUCAUGAAGGGCAACGAGUCUCUUCAAAUCCGUCUGCAAUGCUCGCUUCUCUUCUUAGCAAGAGAGCCAAGCUUCACGAGGAGCUUCGAAACAUUGAAAAACAGGUCUAUGAUAUGGAGACAAAUUAUUUACAGGAUCCAAGCCAGUGUGGCAAUGUAUUGAAAGGUUUCGAAGGGUUCCUAUCUUCAUCUAAGAACACUGCACUCUUGAAGCGGUCUAGGAAGUUCCAGCCUGAAGAUAGGCUAUUUUCAUUAUCUUCAGUCACCUCGCCAGCAGCUGAAGAGCAGGCAGUUGGACGAGAUGAUGGUAGAUCAGAUUAUGGUGUAGGUCGUCCAAAGGGUGGAGGAAUAUACACAAACGGGCAAGGAAAACCAAAGAAGGGAAGAGGUGGACCAAGAGAAGCUAAGAGAAUCAGGCCUUCAGCUGAUCCAGAUUUUGACUAUGAUGAUGAUCCUGAUUUGACACUAUAAAAUUGCUAUCGCCAAAAUGCUAUGGUAGUUGACCUUGUUUAGGAUGAAGAGCAAAGGGCCGAACUUUUUAUUUUCCCCCUUGAUAAUAUUUUUCUUCUUUUCUGCAUUGUUGAUGCAAAUAGGGCUACUGACUAUGUUAAAACUGUUAAUGCAAAGAUGCUACAUGAGGAAUGAUCAGCCGUUCUUGUUUGUUCAA